GGCCGGUCAGCCUGAAGGAGAAGGAGAAGAAGAAGAAGAGGACGGAAGUGGUGCGUAAAACUACCUUCAGUGCAAUGUCCGGACUCCUCGGAAAAACAAAUAAACCAGUGAAAAUUAGGAGUUGCAAUGACAAUAAAAAGUAUGGAGUUGCGGCCCAAAACCUGAAGGAGUUGCUUAAAAAAGCCUGCGAGAAAUUACAGUUGCCAUCUUCUGGUGCGCACAUCUGUUUGUAUUCGGAUGGGACCAUCUUAACGGAGGAAUUCUUCCAAACUCUGCCGGACAACACUGAACUCGUUCUUCUGUGCAGAGAUCAGGCAUGGAGUGGAGUUGUGUCCGACAUCGGCCGCUUACUGAGCCCAGACCGGCAUGCAGAUGCCCUCAUCGAAGCGGCGAAAGGCCUCCUCUCUGACGAGCGGUCCCCUAAGAGGCGGAAGGUCCUGACGGACCUGCUGCUCAACCUGGAGGACAAAUGUGAUGCGGAGGAGAGAGAGCAUGAUGAAGACUGGUUCAGAGGUGUUGACCCUCGAUUCAAGACCAAGUCCGCCUACAUGAAGUUCAACUGCGGGAGCAGGAUACGAAGCUACAUGAAGGAGGUGGACGCCGCCACCAAAAGCAUCCAGGGGGCCGCAGUCAGGGCGGAGUAUCUGAAAACAACCAAAGGCCUGGCGGAAAUGCUGAAGUCGGCGAAGAACAACGGCGGCUACUUUGACAGGACGGAGAAGGAAGCCCAUCGCCUGUGUACUCAGGCGGGCUGGUUCACCUGCCAGGGAUCAUUUGAGCAAGAGGUGUGCCAGUCCUUCCACUCCAUCAACCCCUACAGCAGCCGGGAGAGCAGGAUCGUCUUCAGCACCUGGAAUCUGGACCACAGGAUUGAGAAGAAGAGGACCAUCAUUCCCGCCCUGCUGGAAGCUCUGCAGAGUCACAAGAGCGAAGAAGUCAACCUGGACUACUUCUACCACAUGCUGUUCACCCGGGAAAACCUGAAGCUGGUCCACAUCGUGUGCCACGAGAAGAAAGCUCACGACCUGCAGUGCGACGUCACCAAGAUCUUCAACGCAGGCCCAGACAUACAGAAGGGCAAAGGCAAGAGGCGCUGGUUGUGAAGAUUCACCUCUGCCUUGCAUUUUGGGGGUCGGUUCUGAAGUGUUGCACUGAUAAUGAUGUGAAUGAUUAUAUUAGAGGUGACUGUGGGAAGAGCCAAUCAGCAAAGGGACCUCGCAUUUUUUUUAAACCAGAUUCUGCACCCUGUAUUUUAUGUUGUUUUCUGCUCCUGAACCAGUGAAGCCGACAGAGCUUUGUUAGACAAUCAAACCAAACCAGGAAAUCAUGAAAACCAUUUAUUUCUGUUGGCACAGUGAAGUAGAAAUGCAUGGAUUGAUUUCAGCGCAGCGGUCACUCAGACAGGAAGUUGCAUAGGAGUGAACCGCAUUAGUAAGAUGAGAUUUAGACCCGUUAACCUGAAAUCGUGACUUCUUCAAACAUUUUUAUAGUCCAUGAUUUUGUUUUCCUUGUAUUUUAUGUUUGCAAAUGUGAACCUAGCAGGAACCCAGAGAAACGUAAUAGCUGCAUCAAUAUAUACAUACACAUGUGUUAUAAUGUACAGAUGUGUUGUACAGUAUGUUAAGCAGCUGCCAAAAAAAAGCAUGAAUAUGAGACACUUGGUGAACAAUGACAUUCCUCUCAAACGCUGUAUUUGAUAUUAAAAGCUGUCUAAACG